AGGCGGCGUGUUCUAUUCCCGCCAAAAUUUGCAUGUGUGACACUCAAGAGUAAGAGGUUCGGACAGAGUGCGCUGUAGGUCGGAGAAUGACCCUCUGCCCGUUUGGUCUCUGGAGAUGCACAGCGCGAGUGAAUGCAGCUAGGAGUGAAUUUUGGCGAUGACUCUUCGUUUGCUGGAAAGUGUCUGAGAGGUUUACGUCGAGGACUUUGACGAAGGUCGUUGGAUUUUGAUGGCUGCCCGGUCUAGCUCGGACGCGGAGUCUGCGCUAUUCUCGGGCGCGGAGGUGGAGUUUUUGGCGGAGGAUGACACGGUUGUCAUGGUUCCUACUCUACGAAUGGACACCCUGCACUUGAUUUGUGGAGAUUUUGGUCCCUUUAUGCCUCAGGUGCCUACGAGUGUGCCCCUAUGGCUCGGAAUUGCUAUGAAGAAACGAGGAAAGUGCCGGUUACGGGCUCCAGAGUGGAUGACAGUGGAAAACCUCACUCAGGUUUUGGAGCUGGAAAGAGAUUCUCCGCAGGAAUUUCAGCCUUUGCCCUUUCACUACGUGGAGGUUUCUAGGCUUCUCAUGGACAACGCCAGAGACGACUUAGUCGAUGUUUACAUGGUACAAACACUGAUCGAGGACAUCCGAAAUGUUAGGUUUCAUAAAGUGCAAAGCGGCUUACAAAACCUUUCAGGAAAGACACAUGCUGUCAAGCUAAAAAAUUUGGCAGCCAUGGAGGUGAACCUUAUACGCCCGUUCUUCGUCAAAGCGCUCGAGAAGUUUUACAUUCACGACGAUGAGGAGCUAAUUAAACCAACUCAGUCGGAGGCAGACAUACAACUAGCAUCAGUUGAUCGGCUUCCUAGACGAGUCCUUAGACCACGAUGAGCGUCCUGAAGCUGACUGCAGCAAACCAACUGUGGAGAAAGGACGACACUUGCGUGACACACUUCUAAAGCUGGUCGAAUUACAGAAGUAAGGGUGAACGCGUAGCCCCGUUACCCACGAUCAUGCCGCCUCGGUUUAAAUACGUAGUUAUUGGAUUGGCCUUGCCUUAGAGACUCACUUAGCAACCACCACCCAGCAGGCGGUACAGUUCGCAGUACAGUUUAUCUGUCAGCAUGCAUCAGUACCCUUCUGCAACAUAGACCAUCCGACAUCCUUGCAGAAUUCUACUCCCUUCAGGAGUGUAGAGAAAUAAGGAUUCGAAGCACAGUAGUUCUCGCGACCUUGCCAGUGGCAGACUUGUUGGGAUGUCCAAUUUGCAAUUAUGCAUGGUUAAGCGAGUGGUAGAAAUGAACAUUGCUUCCUUUCAAUUGAAGUCAAUUCACCGGCGACAACUAUUUCUUUGUAAAUAUAACAAAUGUCGGAGGGCAGGCGCACAUGUCUGUAUACUUGGACAAUUACUUCACAUUUCUCACAACGACGUAGUGAAGGGAGCCAUAAUAUGUUUACAAACCAUAUGAGCAAGAGCAUAUGUUGAUCAACAACAGAUUGAUCUUGAUAUACGCCUUUUUAUACUGUCUCACUUGUGUCUAUGUUGCAGAAGGUUGAUAGUCAUCUAUCUGAUAGUCAAG